UCCGUCCGCUGUUUUUAUCAUUAGUCUUCUGUUGGGCGCCUUCAAAAAUCACCAAUCUAGUAGUAAUGUGCACGUAAACAGAAAACUGUCGACAGGACCUUUGGGAGUCGCUGCCGACUGUUGUUACGCGUACAGUUUGCUGUCGUUGAGGAUCGCGCGUUCAGCUGUCACAACUGAAACUAGUAGAUGUAAGCAGUCGCAACAGUGGGAAUACUUCUAAAAACAACUUGACACUAUUUAGAUUUUCCCCUCCUUUGGAUUACUAGUGGUCACCAGUAGAGAAAACUGUGCAUUUGGGAUGUCGUAAUUACGGUUUAUCAAAUGACCCAGGUAUGGAGACUAAAAGAUACCAAAGUUACAGUGAGGGGGCAAAUGCAGAAAACAAAUGGGCACAGAUGUCAAACACCAUGGAGUACUGCUGUUCUGCAGAAGAGGACUUGGCAAACAGUGAUGUGCUAAUGGAUAUUGUUAACUCAAGCAAUGCCCCCAACGUGCCGUCUUUGUGCAAGGAUAACAACUUUAAGAUUACUGACACAACAAUGCUUAGAUUUAACCAGAAUCAACCUCUAGUUUAUCCCCCCUUCAACAACUCCUUCCACAACCGCAAGUCAGAAACAGUCUCUAAGGAGCUCUCCAAAACUGUUGCUGAGUCUAUGGGCUUAUACAUGAAUGCUGCCAGGGAGGCAGACAUUGGCUUUGGCCAACAAGGGCCUGCAGGAGGGCAGGGUAGCCAGAGGAAAUUGUAUCCUCUUUGUGGGAGAGCAAUUGAAGGCAGCCAGCCUAGAACGGCUGGGAGCCCAAAGAUGAAAGCUCCUCAAGCUCCAUUCCCAGCUGUGUCCCAAAUUCCCAAUAAUGGCUCUCAGGAGUGUGCUGUAGGCUCUGCCUCUGUGUCCUCUGCACUGGUCUCUGCUUUCUCUUGCGGUACCGAUGGGUCUGGACACAUGUCUAGUCCUACUGGAAACAACCUAGUGUCAUCCACUACCAGCCCCACCUACUUUGACUCUGAUUGUCCAUCACUGGCUCCUGCCAGCACAAACUUGACACAAGGUCGCCACACAAGCUCCAGCACCUGUAGCCCGGUGAAGUCUAGCAUGUUGGGGUCACCUCCACUGGCUAGUCCUCUCAGUGUAAUGAAGUCUCCAGUUUCCAGCCCUCACAGUAUAGGCAGCGUGAGGUCACCGCUUUCUUGCAACACUAACAUGAUAUCAUCGGUCUCAAGCCCAGUGGGAAAUGGAGGCAAUGUCGGUAACAUUAGACCAUCUAUCUCCAGUCCGCCCACUGUUGGCACCAUGGCCAUGGUCAGUCCCAGGAACUCAUCGAGGGGCUUCUCUGUCUCAAGCCCUCCCAGUGGACUGGGACUAGUGCAGAAUGACGUAAACAGCCCUGAGGGAAGAGAGAAUGACUUUAAGGGAUUUGAGUUCCCAAAGGUAGAAAAUGUGGACGGGGAAAUAUUUAACAUAGGCCUGGAUGCUAUGGGAGUGGUAAAGUAUAUAAAAAACGAACCUGGUACUGAUUACAGGAGUAUGUGCCUAGGCAGUAGCAAGAGCACCAUACCACAUUCUCCUUUUGUAACUCAGAUUAAGACUGAGCCAAACAGAGAGGUGACUUGUUCAAACUCCAAGUUUGGUGAACCGCAUCAGUCCCUGGGCUGCUUUCCUGCUACAGAGACCACAUACUUGUCUUUGAGGGAUAAUUUUGAUGAAUAUAGUCUUUCUGGGAUCUUGGGACCUCCUGUUUCGUCUCUAAAUUGCAACUAUGAACCUGGUGUAUUUCCUAACAAUGGCCUGCCCAAGGGGAUUAAACAGGAAACCAAUGAUGGCAGCUAUUACCAAGAGAAUAAUAAUGUUCCCACGUCGGCUAUUGUUGGCGUUAAUUCGGGUGGACAUUCAUUUCAUUACCAGAUCGGAGCGCAAGGAACAAUGUCAUUUUCACGCCACAAUUUGAGGGACCAGACGAACCCCUUGUUGAAUCUAAUUUCUCCAGUUGCUGGAUUAAUGGAGACGUGGAAAACUCACCCAGGCUUGUCACAGGCGCCUCUCUCUACCAGGGGGGAGGGCUAUCCAGGCCCAGGCUUCCUUACAGAGAACAUGGAAAGUGCAUCUUUGAGACACACGUCUUCGACAGCCAAAGUGUGUCUGGUGUGUGGAGAUGAGGCGUCAGGAUGUCACUAUGGGGUUGUUACAUGUGGAAGCUGCAAAGUUUUCUUCAAAAGAGCAGUAGAAGGUCAGCACAACUACUUAUGUGCUGGGAGGAAUGACUGCAUCAUUGACAAGAUUCGGAGGAAAAACUGCCCAGCCUGCAGAGUACGGAAGUGUCUACAAGCUGGAAUGAAUCUUGGGGCACGGAAGUCCAAGAAGUUGGGAAAGAUGAAGAGUGUUAACAACGAUUCUUCCCUGCCAAACUCAAAGGACAGGCCUCCGUUGCUGACUUCUGAGAAAGACUUGAGCUCGGCCACCGCACUCGUCCCCCAUGUCCCUACAGUAGCACCAUUUUUGUCGCCGUCCGUCUGUAGCGUCCUGGAGCUCAUAGAGCCUGAAGUGGUGUUCGCUGGCUAUGACAGCACAAAGCCUGACACCACAGACCACCUGCUCACCAGCCUCAACCAGCUCGCCGGCAAACAGAUGAUCCGAGUGGUCAAAUGGGCCAAAGUACUUCCAGGUUUCCGCAGUCUACCCAUUGAGGACCAAAUCACACUGAUCCAGUUUUCCUGGAUGUGUCUCUCGUCCUUCUCCCUCAGCUGGAGAUCCUACAAACACACCAACGCCCAAAUGCUCUACUUCGCCCCUGACCUCGUUUUCAAUGAGGAACGCAUGCGGCAGUCAGCCAUGUAUGAUCUGUGUGUGGACAUGCGGCAGGUGAGCCAGGAGUUUGUCCGUCUACAGCUCACUUAUGAGGAGUUUCUCGCCAUGAAGGUUUUGUUGCUGCUCAGCACAGUGCCCAAAGAUGGUCUGAAGAACCAAGGGGCAUUUGAGGAAAUGAGGGUGAAUUACAUCAAGGAGCUCCGCCGCUCAGUUGUGAAGGCCACUAACAAUUCUGGCCAGACAUGGCAGCGCUUCUUCCAGCUCACCAAGCUAUUGGACGCCAUGCAUGAACUUGUGGGGAACCUUUUGGAUUUUUGUUUCUACACUUUCCGUGAAUCACAGGCUCUAAAGGUCGAGUUCCCUGAGAUGCUGGUGGAAAUUAUAAGUGACCAGAUACCAAAGGUGGAGUCGGGCCUAACACACACCCUCUUCUUUCAUAAGAAAUGACUGAAAGUUUGCGAAAGGAGAGAAGAAUUAAGGAACCAAUGAGAGGAAAAGCAGAGGACACCCUGCCCUCGGAUAGAGAAAAAGUGCAAGCCCGCUAUGCACAAGGCAAGGUGCAUCGAGAAGCUUGGUUUAAAGCCAUAAAAGGCUUGCACAGUGAGGAAGACAAAGAGUGAUCUCUGCCAACAGAGAGCUCAUAUUUCAUGUGACAGUGCAUUCCUUACCCCAAAGACAAUACUGACAAUGUUCUAUUUGGAUAUGAAGCCAUAUUCUUUGGUAAAGCUAUAGUGCACAGGCAUAUGUGAAUAAAUCACACACUCUAAACAUUUCCUUAACUCCCAGAAUCGUCCAAUCUAACAGUAAAUACAUAAAUACUGUUGCAUUAUGUACAUUGGCAUUCUUAAAAUUAUUGGAAAAUGAACGUUUUUUUUAAACGGAUUUAAAACAGUUCUAUUUAUCGCUGAUUAAUAAGGAAAUAUCAUUUUCAUGAAGAGAGGAUUAAUUAGGGUAUUUGUAAAGAUGGCGUACGGAAGGACAAACCCCAAGGGCUACAAAACUUUAAGCUGAGUAGUGACGAAUUGGUAUAUGGUAGUUACACUUUCUUACUAUUGUAGAAACAAUCAAAUCUAAACUGAUCUGCAAAAUAUGAUAACAUUUUGGUAUAAAAUUUGUAAUAUUAUGUGUUCAUUUUGACUUUUUUUCAUUGGAAUAUGGUACAAGAAAAAACAAGAGUUCAGUUUAAUGAGUUAUGCAUUGAGUAAUUUACCACUGACAACAAAAACUCACAGCUAAUUUGAUAUUGGAUUUAGUUUGUUAGUAAUGUGAACAAAAUAAGAGUGUGUGAUUGUGAUGUCACCUUAUUUCCAUUACAAGUGUUUACACAAUGAGUACUGGCCACUCUGGUGUAGUUCUGGGGUCGCCUGAUGAUUUUAUAAUCUGAAAAAUAUGGCAGCUUGACAAAAAUGCUGUUGGUAAGGAGUGAGAAAAAGGCCCACAACUUUUUUGUUUUUGUUUUUCGUUACAGCUAAUACAGCAAAAAUUAUGGCUCGUCUAAUCAGCUAAUUUCAACACAGAUGCCAUAUUUUGUGUGAAAGCUAGGACUGUAGCAAAUUUUGUAAAUUGUACCUAAGCUUUUACUAUGUCAUUAACAUCAGCACCCUGCUGAUGUCAAUGAAAAUACAAAGUUACAGUUCCAGAGAGGUAAAGCAUUUUCUAAUUGUGAUUUUUUUUUUUCAAAGAACCAAUCCAGCUAGAAGCCAUUUUCUAACAAGGUGCUUCUUUUUUCUUAACAUAAAAAAACAGAUGACUUUCAGUAGCAACACAUGUACCGUUAGAUAUGGGCUAAACUCUCAGCUUUCAUAUUAGUAGUCAAUAAUAACAUAAACCUGCUAAUAAAAACACACAGUAUAUGUGAAUUUAUCUUGCAAAUGUAUCUGUUGCUUGUAGGUAUUUUUUCAGAUGUUGUACAGAAGACAUUUUUUUAUUUAAAUAACAUUUCAAUUAAAACAUGGCUAUUUUGAGGAAACACCAGUCAACUUUUUUGUGAGAAUUGUCCAAAAAACGCAUAAUCUGGACCACUGUUUCAUGUUUCGUAAUCUUACUAUGCUACUGAUGGAAGUAUGUUUAAAAAGGUACUGCUAAUUCUGCUAUGCUGUCUGUCUGAGGACAAUGAAGUUGUUAGCGUGUAUGUGUGGGUGUUGUGUGUGUGAUGUUUUUGUCGUCACUUUCUAAUUUCUUAAAGGCACAGAAAAUGCUGAUUCACUUUUUAGAGGGCAUUGAUGGUAUUCUCUGUGAUAGGAUUAGUGUGAUCCUAUUGGCUGACUUUGAUUUGCACAGACAAGAUAAUGUGAUAAUUGGGAUUUUUGAUGUUUUGGUGGUUGUGUUGGUUACUGUAUGUAAUGUGC